AUGGUAAAAGUUAUACUCGCAAGAAGAAAGGACUUCGUUCAGCUGCCGAUAGCAUCAAAGAUUAUGAGCACUGCGGGGCAAAACAUUCUCACCUCAGAUGGUGAAUCUUGGUCGAGGCAACGCCGAAUAAUUGCGCCAGCCCUCAAUGAGCGUAUCAGUGAAGUUGUUUGGAAAGAGAGUGCAGAGCAAGCGUCUCAGAUGGCCGCCCUCAUGGUUGAAGAGCCCUAUGGGGAAUCACGCGGCACUAUUUACGGACUGCGUACAAUUGCGCUAAAUGUGCUUGGCAGAAUUGCGUAUGGCCAGCCAAAGCCCUUCAAAAUGAGCCAGUCACUCAGAAAGCCAAUUUCUGAGAUAUCUUACAUUGAUGCAGUUUCAAUUUGUACGGAAUUCCUCGUCGUGGCUGCUCUGGUACCAGCAAGCCUUUUAUGCCUGGGGGUGAUGCCAAACGCGAUACGGACACUUGGUCUAGCCAUUAAGAAACUCCCAGAUCUCACCAAGGACUUACUUACAAGAGAGCAGCAGCGUCUCGAAACUGGUGUCAAAACGCCGGACAACCUUGUUCGUAUGUUGAUAUCUUUGUCUCACGACAGUGAACUCAUUAAUGGUGGCAUGCUACCUUCGGGGUCACUACGACAAACCCUUACAGAGGACGAAUUAGCUGGCAACAUGUUUAUUUUCACCGCAGCAGGCUUCGAUACAACCGCCAAUACUAUGGCAUACGCUGUAACUCUGCUUGCAGCAUAUCCUCAGUGGCAAGUUUGGAUACAGGAGGAGGUUGAUCACGUACUUGAGUUUUCUAAAGCGGCCGAUGUACAAUACUCCACAGCAUUCCCAAAGCUGGCCCGAUGCUUAGCACUUAUGCACGAGACGCUCCGACUGUUCCCACCGGUUCUACAUGUUUCCCGCAGCAUCAAGGAGUCUCAGAGCAUUACAGUAAACAGCGCUACACAUUAUAUUAAGGGACCGUGCACAGUAUAUGUAAAUAGCGCCUGCCUGCAAACCAACCCCUCGUUCUGGGGCGCAGAUUCAACUAUAUUCAACCCUUCUCGGUGGUUGAGUGGAGAUAACGAAGUAGGGCAGGCGGAAUUUAAUACUCCAGAUCGUGGUAUUUUCCUCGCCUGGUCUGGUGGGCCUCGGGUAUGUCCAGGCCAAAAGAUGUCCCAGGUAGAGUUUGUGACGGUGAUUGCAACACUCUUCCAGGCCUGUACGGUCGAUCCGGUUAUACCAUCCGGAGGAACUAUAGAGCAAGCAAGAGAGGGCCUAGUGCAAUUAAUGAUGGACAGCCAACCGAGGCUAACGCUGCAGAUGAACAAACCGGAGGAUGUAUUCUUGAAGUGGUCGAGGCGGGAGCAAUAG